UUGGCGUAGAGAUCGUAGGCAAGAUUUUACCAAACCUAGUCUCUCGGGUUCCAGUAUAGGAGGGCUACUACUUAAUGCUCUUCUGCCCGUAAGGGAGUUUGGCAGUGCAGAGAUAUCUAGUUAUUCGAAAAGACAUCAGUCCUAUAAUCUUCUUUCUUUCCAUUUUCCUUUUCAACGGCGCGGUUUGGCACGCCGCCCAACAUGAUUCCCGCCAUCACUGCAAAAUAUGACUGGAUUCUGGCGUUGACCUCCAUUGCCUUCGUCUUCAGUGCCUUCGGAAAUGGUGCCAACGAUGUGGCCAACUCCUACGCGACGUCCGUGGCUGCCCGGACCCUGGAGAUGUGGCAGGUCGGUAUCCUAGCUACCAUCACGGAGUUCGUCGGUGCAGUGGCCUUGGGCAGUCGAGUAACUUCGACAAUCAAAUCUGGCAUUAUUUCUCCUGAUAGGUUCAUGGGCAAGCCAGGUACCUUCAUGCUGGCCAUGGGCUGUGCUGAGGUUGGAAGUGCCGCUUGGCUGAUGUCGGCUACCCAUUACGGAUGGCCAGUCUCAACCACGCAGACCGUUGUCGGCGCGUUGGUCGGUGUCGGCUUCGCUACACAAGCAGAUAUUUCCUGGGGGUGGAAGAGUGGUAGCGUGUCGCAGAUCGCGGCGUCGUGGGGUAUCGCGCCGGCCAUAGCUUGUGCCUUCUCGGCCCUCAUCUUCGGCAUCCUCAAGUAUACCGUGCUUGAACGGCAAGACUCGUUCAAGUGGGCUAUGCGACUCAUUCCUAUCUACCUCUCUAUGACUGGAGCUAUACUCGCUCUGUUCAUUGUUGUCGAAGCACCCACUGCCCCAUCCCUGGAAGAUUUCGGUGCCGGUAAGGCCACCGGUAUUAUCCUCGGCGUCUUUUUCGGUUGCCUUCUCAUAUCUGUCGUCUUCUUCCUCCCCUACUUCCAUCGUCGCCUCGUGAAACAAGAUGCCCGGAUCAAGUUUUACCACCUCCCCCUUGGACCCUGGCUGCUCAAAGAUAACUGCCCCAUCUACUUCCCCGGUAAGGGUGAUAAAUUCGUCAUCAACUACUACGAAGAUGCCUACGGCGAAGUCCGCGCCGGCCAGAAGGACACCGAGAAAACAGCUGACCAGAAAGACAUCAACAACACGGAUGUGGAAAGGAGUGCAGAAUCUGCCAUGGCUACUCCACAGAUCCAACCGAAGAAAGCCAUCAUCGGACCCCACGAGCGUUUCCUUCAGCCCGUCGAACACCUCUCUUGGCUUAACCCAGCCAAAUACUGGGGCUGGACCAAAUUUAUUUUCCUCCAGGGCGUCACCCGCGACGUAAUCACCCACGACUCCGACCAUCUCCGCGCCGUUCAUGCCCGGGCCCAUCGCUAUGACGAUCGCGUCGAGCAUCUUUGGACCUACUGUCAAGUCGUCUCGGCCAUAAUGAUGUCCAUCGCACACGGUUCUAACGACGUCGCAAAUGCCGUUGGCCCCUGGGCCGGCUCGUAUGCCACCUACCUCUCCGGCGAGGUGAAUACCAAGUCGGAAACCCCUAUCUGGUUUCUUGUCAUCGCUGGUCUGCUGCUGGGCGCUGGGUUCUGGUUCUAUGGUUAUAAAAUAAUGCGGGCGAUGGGAAACAAGAUUACACAGAUGUCACCGACCCGUGGGUUUGCCACAGAGCUCGGGGCCGCCAUCACUGUCCUUCUGGCAUCGAGGCUGGGUCUUCCCGUUUCCACCACGCAGUGUCUGACCGGUGCGGCUACAGGUGUGGCUCUCAUGAACUUCGAUAUGGGAGCCUUGAACUGGCGCCAGCUCGGAUUCAUCUUCCUGGGCUGGGUUCUGACCCUGCCUUGUGCUGGAUUGGUGGCCGGCUUACUGUGCUUGGUGGCUCUGAAUACUCCGCAUUUCUAGGUUUCUUUGGGAUUAUAAAACGGUGCAUGUGGAUGGCGUGGCGUUCUUGUACAUAGAUUUCAAAAUUCGCGCUGGGUUAACUUUUUCUUUGUACCCCUUGAUGAAAUAGAUUUAGAUGAUGAUCUUCCAUGUUUCAUGGGUACGCCUUUCCUCCGGCAGACCAAAUCUAUCCUCUUAUCCUCCCGAGGCAAGGUC